UCUGGAGAGUGCGUGGCAGGAGGGGAGGAGUCAAUUCAGCCCUGCAUUCUUGCGUUUUGCUGCUGGGGAGAGUGCAGGGGGCGGUUGCUCGCAAGUUGGCUUGCGUGGGUGUUAGCUUUGUAGCUGAGAACGGCUAUCUUCUUACAAAGACUCAACUGACUUUGGUGGCUUUAGCGGAGGCCCCUUCUUAAGGUAGAGAUAAUUGUUUUCUGCAGAGAUUACUGGCAUCUUUACCUAGGAUUGCUGUAGGAUCUGCGCCCUAGCAGGAGAUAUGCCACGGGGACGAAAGAGUCGGCGCCGCCGUAAUGCAAGGGCAGCUGAAGAGAACCGUAACAAUCGUAAGAUUCAGGCCUCAGAAACCUCCGAGACCCCGGUGGCCGCCUCUGUGGUCCCGAGCACCCCUGGGGACGACCUGAGCGGCCCGGAGGAAGACCCAAGCACUCCGGAGGAGGCCUCCACCACCCCUGUGGAAGCCUCUAGCACUGCUCAAGCGCAAAAGCCCUCAGUAGCCCGGAGCAAUUUUCAAGGCACCAAGAAAAGUCUCCUGAUGUCGAUAUUAGCCCUUAUCUUCAUCAUGGGCAACAGCGCCAAGGAGGCCCUGGUCUGGAAAGUGCUGGGAAAGUUGGGGAUGCAGCCUGGCCGCCAGCACAGCAUCUUUGGAGAUCCAAAGAAGGUUGUUACAGAAGAGUUUGUGCGCAGAGGGUACCUGAUUUAUAAGCCAGUGCCCCGUAGUAGUCCCGUGGAGUACGAGUUCUUCUGGGGACCGCGAGCACAUGUGGAAUCCAGCAAGCUGAAAGUCAUGCAUUUCGUGGCAAGGGUGCGUAACCGAUGCUCCAAGGACUGGCCAUGUAAUUACGAUUGGGAUUCUGAUGAUGAUGCAGAAGUUGAGGCUAUCCUCAAUUCAGGUGCUAGGGGUUAUUCUGCCCUUUAGAUAAACCUGUUGUAUACCCUUGGGGGGGAGUGUAAAGAGCUUCAAAGGUACCCCAAGAUCACCUGGGGCCUGAGUUGAAUAUAAUGGGGGGGGCAGUGUAUUUGGUAUUGUGAUCAGUGCUAAUUGUUUGAGAAAUAGAACGUUUACUUUAGAUAUUGUAAACUUUAUUCAAUUUAAAACAGUGUUGAAUAUGGUCACAAUAUGUUUUAAAAUAUGAUUGAAGAAAAGAUAUAUUCUUUUUUUCUGUCAUUAAGAUUUAGUAUAACAGUUUUGCUAAAAUUAUAAAAUGAAGUCUUUCCAUCAUAUUCUGUGAUCUGGUACAUAGUUUAUAUUAUUAAAAUAGGCUGUUCUAAGAAGUUUGAUUUAACCAGUAAAAUGUGAGAGAAUGAUGAGAGGAUUAUUAUAUGUCUGACCCUUAUGAAAACCUUUGUGUCUACUGUUGCAUAAAGAAAACUGACAAAUACCGUGAUUUUAUUAAGAUACUGCAAAAUAUAGAAAAAAUAAAAGCUUAUGACAAGGA